AUGUCGCUUUGUCUUAACGUAGCUGUCAAUACGCUGUGUGGAAGAGAGUGGAUUGCCAAAUUUUCGGGUGAACUGGACCUGAAUGAGCUAUUCGCCCAAAACGACGCGGUGCAUUCACUUGUACCUACCGCUCCUGUGUUACUGAAAAAACAACAACAAGCUCUAUCGCAGUUGCUCGCAACUUAUGAAGAUGUCUUCAGCGAAACUCCCGGUAAGCUAAUAGGACCUCCCGCAUCAGUGCAUCUGAAACCGGGGACAGUUCCAGUCUUUGCCAAAGCUCGUGACGUUCCGCUGGCAUUGAGAAGCCAGUAUGCCCAAGAAAUCGACAAAAAGCUAGCUGCUGGUGUAUACGAGAGAGUCGACUAUUCUGAAUGGGCGUCCCCCACCCACAUCGUAGUGAAGAAAAACGGGAAACUACGCAUCACCGGUAACUACAAGCCAACAGUAAACCCUCGGAUGAUCAUCGACGAACACCCGAUUCCCAAGAUAGAAUCAAUCUUCCACCGAAUGAAGGGAGCGAAUCUAUUCUGUCAUCUAGACGUGACGGAUGCGUGA